AUGAUUAGUCAAGGGGGUGCUGAAUACUAAUGUUUGAACAAGAAUGCUCUCCAGCAUGAAAUUAAACAACUGAAGAUUUAAUGUGCUGAAUUAAAAUAACUAUUGCUUGAAUAGGUCAAUAUUAACAGCAAUAAUAAAAGAUUGAAACUAACUUAACAAAACAAUACUCUAAAGCCCUAAAGGAACUUUAGGAAAAUUUAACAUUAGCCACUUCGAAUUGCUAAAUAUAUAGAAAUUCAAUGAAUUUUCUAGCUUAAGAGAAAACAACAUAAGAAUAGUAAAUUAAGAGUUUCUAAAAUGAAAUUUAAUAACUAAAGAAGUAACGUGAUGUUGAAAAAAACGAAUUAUAAAUGAUUAUAGCAAGAGGAAAUCAUAAUUGUCUGACUUGGUAAAGGCAUAUACAAUCCGAUUACAUAAAGUUUAAUAGUCAAAUUUCGAGGAAUACUAAACGAAAUUAAAGAAUUAGGCUAAGGAUAUAAAUGAAAAAGGUAAGAAUUGAAGAAGAAGAUUUCAUCUUAUGA